CAUCUUAUAUAACUCACAACUCAUAGGCAGACAUUCUUGCAAACAUUCAAAAAUUCUUUAAUACAAUAUCUCACAUUCCUCAAAUCCCUUCAACAUUAAUUCAUCAUCAUGAACCCACUAGAUACUACAGAAUUCAAGAAACAAGGUCACAUGAUGAUUGAUUUCCUUGCUGAUUAUUAUGAAAACAUUUCAAACUAUCCUGUCCUAAGUCAAGUAGAACCAAACUACCUCAAAAAACUGUUACCUACUUUUGCCCCUUCAAAUCCUGAACCUAUUGAAACCAUCCUUGAAGAUUAUCAAAAAUACAUAAUCCCAGGUAUAACACAUUGGCAAAGUCCUAAUUACUUUGCUUAUUUUCCAUCAAGUGGUAGCACAGCAGGGUUCUUAGGAGAAAUGUUAAGCACUGGAUUGAAUGUUGUUGGAUUUAACUGGAUUUCAUCACCAGCUGCUACAGAACUAGAAAAUGUUGUUAUAGAUUGGCUUGGUGAAAUUUUGAAUCUUCCUAAGAGUUUUCUUUUUAAAGGUGGUGGUGGUGGUGUUUUAUUAGGCACAACCUGUGAAGGUAUUUUGGGAACUCUUGUUGUUGCUAGAGAUAAAAUUCUUAGCAAAAUUGGUAGUGAAAAUGCAGGUAAACUUGUUGUUUAUGGCUCUGAUCAAACACAUUGUGCAGUUCAAAAAGCAGCUCAUAUAAUAGGAAUUAACCCGAAAAAUUUCCGAGCUAUUAAGACUAAGAAGUUAAAUUCAUUCACUUUGUUGCCUGAAUCAUUGUUAUCAACAAUUGAAAAUGAUUUGAAAAAUGGUUUGGUUCCUUGCUUUCUUUGUGUAACUGUUGGCACAACUUCAACAACCGCAAUUGAUCCGGUAAGAAAAUUGUGUAAUGUUGCGAAAGAUUAUGGAAUUUGGGUUCAUAUUGAUGCUGCUUAUGCUGGCAGUGCUUGUAUUUGUCCAGAGUUUAGAUAUUUGAUUGAUGGUGUUGAAGAUGCUGAUUCUUUUAGUCUUAAUGCUCAUAAAUGGUUUUUGACUAAUUUAGAUUGCUGUUGUCUUUGGUUAAAGGAUCCAAAUUCUUUGAUAAAGUGUUUGUCAACGACGAAUUCAGAGUAUUUGGAGAAUAGUGCUUCUAAUUCAAAACAAGUGGUUGAUUACAAAGAUUGGCAGGUAACUUUAAGCCGAAGAUUUCGCGCUUUGAAGGUAUGGUUUGUUCUUAGAAGCUAUGGUGUUGAAAAUCUUAGGAAUUUUUUAAGGAACCAUGUUGAAAUGGCUAAAACUUUUGAAGGGUUGGUGAAAAUGGACAAAAGGUUUGAAAUUAUUGUACCUAGAAAACUUGCUGUUGUUUGUUUUAGGAUUUUACCAUAUGGUAAAAAAGUUGCUGAUGGAAAGGUAACAAAUGGAGAAGCUAAAUUAAUUAGUAGUGAAGAUGUUGUUGCUAAUGAGAUUAAUCGUAAGUUGUUGGAUUCUAUCAAUGCUUCAGGUGAUGUGUACAUGACGCAUGCUGUGGUUGAAGGAGUUUUUGUGAUUAGGUGUGCUAUUGGAGCAACUUUAACAGAGGAACUGCAUGUGGUGAAGGCUUGGAAGGUUGUACAAGAACAUGCAGAUGUGAUUCUAAAAGAUAACAUGAGUCGUAUAUUUGUCCAGAAACGGACUAUUGGCUACAUUGGUUACAACUUUGCAAUUGAAAAAUAAUAAAGUGUGUUUGGUUUUCGGGUGGCGAUGCUAGCAAGUUGGUCUCUCCUAGUGCUAAAAGGGUGAUUAAUAAACCAAUGUGGCUCAAAAACUUUAUACUUAAGUAAAAGUGUUGUUGUUUGUAAUUUCUUAUUUUCCCUUAAGAGGCCAUCAGCCCAAUUGUCUAAGCCUAUCAGGGCAGCAACCCUAGCUAUAUAAGGCUAUUGUUCCUAUCUUAAGAAUUAUGAAUAAAGUAAAAUUUUAUUUUCCGGUUUCUUUAUAA